AUGAGCUCUCCGCCAGUCCAGCAGCACUCGAUGUGGACGCGCCGAGGGAACAACAAACAUGACCCCGCCGCUGCUCUCUUUGAGGAGAUGAGCCAUGCAGCGCGGACGGGGGGCUGCGCGGGUGCUUUGCAAGCGUCUUCGCCCGUGGCGACACCGCUGACGCACGGGCAGCACUUGCGUGGCGGUCGCUACGGCAGUGCCAUUGCUGAGGCCUCGACGUCUCAACCUCCAUUCAGCACAGGCCUGUCGCCGCAGGCAGCUACAACAGCCACGACAGCCACGACAGCCUCGUUACCCAGCAGCGGUCACAGGUCGCUGCCAUUAGUGCCGCCGGCCCCCCUCUUCCCGACGUCGUCCGCGGCGGCCCCGUACUUCUACGUACGCCCCCUUGGUUCUCGGCAGGCGGCGGUGGGCCAGCACUACUUGAAUCGCGAGAGUCGUGGUGGCAGUGAUCUGGUAGUGGCAACACAGACGACACACGCAUGGGGCCCACUGACGCCAUCCUCAGCGUGCUCGUCCCCGUCGUCCCGGUGCAACUCGCUGCCAGGCUUUGCGAAUGUCGUUCACUGCGGUGCCCCGCUCAACAUUGAAAGCGGCACGGGGCACAAUAGCCCAGCCUCUCCGUCAGCGCUGUCGCAGUCGUUCGGCGUUCCCACUGGGCUCGGCAACGGCGUUGGAAACGGCGCACAAGGGGGAUCGCAUCUAGUGACGCCCACUGCCACGCGUGGCACCUCCGCUGCUGCUGCUGCUGCGCCGGUAGCAGCACCCGUGUACGUGUGGCAUAACUCGAGCUCGAUGGCAGGAGCAGCGCCAUGGCUGCGCUUGCGUCGGCCCGCCAGCGUUGCUGCCUCACCGACGACGUCGCCGUGCGCCUCUGCAACCUGUGUAGGAGGGCGGCGGGGAUCGGCGGCAACAGCGGCGGCCGGCAGCGGCGUGAGGACGCCACAGAAUCCAGUCAGUAGCGGCGCAGGCAUGCUGGCGUUGCCGCCGCAUCCCAGUAACCUACUGGCGCUGCCCGAACACGCGCACUUCAGCACCGUCUUUGGGGCAGCUGACGAGGAUACCACCCAGCAGAGCCCUAGACUCAGCCUAACGGGGAAAGACGCUGGUGGUGGUAGUGUGCCCGCCAUGACAAGAGUUCACUCAUACUCGCACCAGCAACAGCAGCUUCUCAGCGAUCAUCUCUCCGGUGUCGGCGGCGCUUCGUGCACGCUGUCUGCGCCCCUGCCUCUUACCCUUGUCCCGCCACUGCGCUUUGCACGCGUGGAGGCUGGUGUGUACCGCGGCGCCUACCCCGUCCUGCGCAACUUUCCAUAUAUCCGGCGGCUGCGUCUGCGCACGAUUGUGUCGCUCAUUCCCGAGCCUCCCACGUACGAUCUCAAGUGCUUUGCGGAGGCGGAGCACAUCCAGCUGCAUCACAUCCAAGCCGAACGCGCCAAGGGCGAGGUGCAGCUGCUGCCGUCGGAGCUGAGCGAGGCGCUGCAGCUCAUUAUUAACAAGGAAAUGCACCCCCUGUACAUCCACUGUCUCGAUGGCCGGUACGUCACCGGUCUCAUCAUCAUGGUGCUGCGCAAGCUGCUGCAGUGGGAUGCAAAAGUCGCCCACGCCGAGUUUCAGCGCUUCACCCGCGAGGUGCAGGAUGAGGUGGCGUUUAUUGCCGACUAUACCGGCCCUCUCCUUGUACCGCCACACUUGCCGGCGUGGCUCUGGGGUGGGUCCCUCUAUGACGCUGCCACUGGCCAGCAGAAGCGCCUGCCUUCAACGAUACGUCUGCGCCUAGCCACCGCGGUCUCCAGCGGAGCCGCAGCCACAGCGGGAGGUGUGGACGCAGCACCUGGUGCUGGCCUUGGUCGAGUUUCUGUGUCCCCGUCUGGGGGCGCAUCAUCGGCCGUCGGCGCUGCACCCGUGAAUAGUCCCCUGGGCACCACGAGCGCUGCCGUGAGCCACAACCCGAAGGGAACAAUGCGCGGCACUAGUGGAGAUCUCCGUCCACAGGCUGCCGCACCGUGGAUGCAUGUGCCGCAAGCGGAGCUGGUGGCUGCAGACGGGCAACAUUAUAUCAAUGUUGAGCGUCUUCCUGUCGCACAGGCGGCAAGCGGCAGCCCACCGGGCGCUGCGGGGCCGAUGUGUAUUUCGUUGAUGGAGCCCUCAUCCAUCCCAAGCACCGGCCCUGCCUCUGGCUGUGGCAGUCGCUGUCAGGGCACCGCGUCUGGGGAUGCGCUGCUGCAGCAUCAACGGCGGUUGCCCUCCUCCUCCAACAGCAACACCACACCGAGCAUGGGCCCUAGCGCCAGUGGGCUGUUGGAGGGUCGCGUGAGCGCGCUUCUCUGGACGUCGGGGGCGGUAGCCCCGUCAGCGGCGGUCGGCGGCAGCGGCGGUAUCCCUGGGGGUGGCCGCGUGAGUGGUAGCUCAGCCGGUAGUGGAGGAAGCAGUGCUGCGGCUGCUGGUAGCAGCGCGAACAGCGGCGGAGGAGCGAUGAUGGGAGUCAGUGGCCCAGCUGCUACCUCGCCAUCGUCCGCGGCGCGAGCGCCGAAGCGUAGCCACUCUUGCUAA